CUGCGGCAAAAGUAUAAAAGCCGAAGACACGUGCGAGUGGCGAGAAAAGGGAGAACAUUUCUCCUCGUGCUAUCAUCAUGGCGCAGGCCUGGGAUAAACCGUCCUUUGCUGCCAGGCGAUACCACGAGACCACCAGGGAGUCGGCCUUCUCUUACACAAACAGCAAUAAUACCAGAGGUCCUUUUGAAGGCCCAAACUACCACAUUGCCCCGCGCUGGGUUUACAAUGUUGCGACAUGCUGGAUGUUUUUCGUGGUGGUGGCGUCCGUGUUCACCAACGGCCUGGUCUUGGUGGCAACGGCCAAAUUCAAGAAACUCCGUCACCCUCUCAACUGGAUUCUGGUCAAUCUGGCCAUCGCUGAUCUGGGAGAAACGCUUUUCGCCAGCACCAUCAGUGUUUGUAACCAGUUUUUUGGGUAUUUUAUUCUGGGGCACCCGAUGUGCAUAUUCGAGGGCUUCACCGUCUCCGUUUGCGGUAUCACCGCUCUCUGGUCCCUGACCAUCAUCUCCUGGGAGAGAUGGAUAGUCGUAUGCAAACCGUUUGGAAACAUCAAAUUUGAUGCCAAGUGGGCGACGGGCGGAAUCGUGUUCUCCUGGGUCUGGUCGGCCGUAUGGUGCGCUCCCCCGAUCUUUGGAUGGAGCAGGUACUGGCCUCAUGGACUGAAGACCUCCUGCGGACCCGACGUAUUCAGCGGAAGCGAAGACCCCGGUGUUCAGUCCUACAUGAUUGUUCUUAUGAUUACUUGUUGCCUCAUCCCGCUGGGUAUCAUCAUGCUGUGCUACUUUGCGGUCUGGUGGGCUAUCCGAACGGUCGCCUUGCAGCAGAAGGAAUCCGAGUCCACUCAGAAAGCGGAGAGAGAAGUAUCCAGGAUGGUUGUCGUCAUGAUCCUGGCAUACGUCUUCUGCUGGGGACCGUACACCUUUUUCGCCUGCUUUGCCGCGGCAAAUCCCGGAUACGCUUUCCAUCCUCUCGCCGCAGCCAUGCCCGCAUACUUUGCCAAGAGCGCCACGAUCUACAACCCCAUCAUCUACGUUUUCAUGAAUCGACAGUUUCGCACGUGCAUCAUGCAGCUCUUUGGCAAACAAGUCGACGAUGGCUCGGAAGUAUCCACGUCCAAAACGGAAGUCUCCUCUGUGGCUCCGGCUUAACGUGCUCAGCUCCUGAAGAUUUGGCAACCGUCACACUUUGCACACUCCGAGUUCUUGUCGAUUUCUAUGAAUGUUUAUUUAGCUUUCUGGCAAAUGAGAAAAACAAACCAAAAAAAUGCAGAUCUCUUAUUGUCUUUCUUUCAUCAUAAAGCUUUCAUAUUUUUUUCCCAUUUACAAUAGUGCUUGAUGAGACUAAUAAAUCAUUUUCUAAAUGCACAAAGCUACAA